CACGUCCGCCGUCACAACAGAGAGGGCCCGGUGCUAGUGCUGCGAGCUGCCAUAAGCACUUGAUAUCAGGAGAGUCUGUCGUGUUUACUAGUGCUUGUUUGCACAUACAUCACAUAGAAGGUCACAGACGAGAAAUGAUGGCCGUCAGCUCUCUUCAGGAGCACAACACCAUGCCGGCUGGCUCAGAUGGCAGCGACGACCUCAUGUCGGAUUUCGAAGUGCUACCGGCGAACGACGAAAGCCUCGCGUUUGGGCCUAUCGCUGGCAACGGGCCUCUCGAGACCCUGCAUCUGUCGCUGCCCCAUGGUGACAGCACCUCGCUGUCCAGCGCGAGCGAUGACCUGACUCAUCAAGAGGCGGAAGAGCGCAUCGCCAAAGUGCUCCAGGAAAACGCCAACCUAAAAGGAAAGGUGGCACAUAGCACGGCCAAAAUCCAGCAGCAGUACGACACCUUUGUGGCAUGGCAGAAGAAACUGGCCGAGGCGCAGCUCGUGCUUAAAGAAGAGCUGGCAGACACGCACCGCAGGCUGGAGGAGAAGUGCUGCUUGGAAGGCCAGCUCAGGGAGAUGGUGGAGAAGCUACAGGCUGCAUGCACAGAGCAUGAAGUGGAACGCCAAGCUUGGCUGGAGGCGAACAAGGCCUUUGCACAGGGGGAUGGCAAGGCCACAAAACAAUGCAGUGUGGUUGAAGGAGCAAGCAUUGUAUCAGGGGAUCCGACAAGCUUUUGUGAACUAGUCCCUGGGCUCUUGCCAAGCAAGGACAAAACUGAACUGAGUCUGGCGCAGGCAGUUGUGUUGCUUCAUGAUGAACAGAGCAAGACAGCAGAGCUUGCUGAGAAAAUAGGACAACUGAGUGACCGGCUCGAGGCUAGGGCACAGCAGCUAGAAGACUCGCAAAAGAUUGUCUCCAAACUAACACAGCAAGUUAACGAGGCCGAGAGCAGAAACUCGGCUAUUACUUCACAGGCGACUAGCAAGCAGGCAGAGCUUGAGACAGCACUUCUUGAGAAAGAUGCCCUGGUCAGGGCUCUGCAAGGACAAUGUGAGGGGAAAGUCGCCGAGAUUGAAGAGCUGAGGCGUGCCCUGCUGACAGCCGAGAAGAACUGUGAGCGUGCGCGCAGGGACUAUGCGGAGUUGCUGCGAACUUGGCAGGAAUUUGAGAACACCAAUGACGCUGGCGAGCGGACAUUUGUGCGUGUGGAACAGCAGUCCGGCGCGGCUGCAUGGCGCGAUGCGGAGAAGUUGCGCCGCCAUUCCGAGAGGCAGGCACAAGAACUGGCUGAACGUGAGAGCCAGGUCGAGGUGCUCCGACAAGAGGUGGAGCGACUCAGGAAGGACCUGGAGAUGCUGGCUCCUCUCCAAGCACAGGUGGAGGUGUACCGCACAGACUAUGAUACGGAGCGAAACCUGCGCCGGCAACUGGAGACAACAGUGCAGCAGCAUUUGAACACCAUUGAGGAGCUCCGUGAGCAGAUCACCGCUCUGCAGGAGCCGCCAUCAGAGCAGAGGAGUAGUCGCAGUAGCAACCAGAGGUCUUCCGAGUCCAACUCUGCAUCUACACAGCAAGCUGAUGCUCAGGGAAUGGAAUCAAUGUUGCCGUGUCCUCUGUGCAUGGAGGUUUGUUCAACACGCUCGCUCUACAUAGCCCACGUCCAGAGCUGCGCAGAUGGCCAGGAAGUACGCUAGACUCAAUUGCCGUCAAGCAUGCAUGCGCCAGAAAGGAAGCCUCCGGCACAUCACCUCCUUGUAGAUAUGACCUGCCAGAUUGUUCUUUAGUCGGCUUGGGUUCUGAAGCGAGCGUCAAGUGUGAAAUUCUCUGUUUAGGCACAUGGAAGCACUGUUUGGCGCCACAUGUUCUUCGUCAACUCUUGGCUAUUGCUGAUUAUGCAGCGAUUCUUUUAUUGGCAGUACAAAAACAGGCUUCAAAAUUGCUUGGCUCAAGUAAAACAGUGCACUAAGUGCUCUCUUGUGUCUGCUGAAUUGCGUCGUCUUUGUUGUCUGAAACACCUUAGCCCACAUUUGAAUGUGGUUAUACAUCCUGAUUAUAAUUAUAAAUGUGCUGAAAUUCUUAACUUCUGGAUUAAGGCACAGUUUUCUGUGCACAUUCUUUUUAAAUGUAGAUGUGCAAUAGCAUGCUGUGCCUUCGUCUACAGGAUCGCAAAUAUUUUCUCGAGUUCCUUGAUUUUUCACUCAGUACUAAUGUGUUAGGUUCAAGUUAACCACCUUCGUUAUGUAGCAUACUGACUGUCUCUGCAGAUGUCUUCUGUAUUGAAGCUUCUGCGAAUCAAGGGAGAGAAAUUCUUCCUGCUGCCAUUGCUGCGGCGAGCCAGUGUAUUCUUUGUUCUCUUUAGUUGGCCGCUUGCAUGGUAAAUAGCCUGAAAUACUAGAGCUGCUACGUGAAUGUUAGCUUGUUUUACAUGCACCUUUUGCCCAUCCAGCUUUUCAGAUCAGUGCAGCCGUCUUCAGUUGAGACUGUUGCUACUGUUGCAGCGUGCACUGAGAGAACGCUUGUGCAUUGUUUAAUUAUUAUGGUUGGUUAUGGAUAUCCGCUGCACUAGACAUGUUAUGGUCAGAACCGGGAACAACAUUUUUCGUAUUCCUUCUAAGAUUUUGUUUGAUUGUUAAUCACUUUAUCAGAGAUGUUCCAGUGUCCGUUCAUUGAAACGUAAUGUAACGCUGUUGCACACCUUAAUUGCAACAAAGCUGCAUCUUGUGGUUGGAAUUUAUGCUUGACCAUAGAGACAGUUUACUGAAUGCCGAUUUCCAUCCAUGCAUGAGAUGCUGCAACAAGGUUGCUUUUGUUACUAGUGGCUGUAGUAAUGAUAUGUGUCACAAAUAUGACUAUUGUGUGAAUUAUUUUCUUUCUAAGGAAGGUGUUGCAGUAGAAGAAAAGAGUCUGCGAUGUGUAGCAUGGGUAGAAAAGGGCUGUGUGGUGUAGAUUUGUACAGUGGACAAGCUAAUGCUUAAUGUAGUUGUGAUGUACACGUCUUGUUGCUUGUCUUUAUUGUUGUUCAUAUCCCGAAACACUUCUACAUGCUUAAGACACAAAGAAGCUGCGCGUUAUUGAAAUCAAAUUUCAGUGUGUUGAAAGCUUCAGUUAUGCACACAACUUUUGAUAAACACUGUUGUUUGGAAAUACAAUCAGGUGCAUUGCUGGUUAGUGGAGAUUAGUGGUAGAUAGCCUGUUGCUAUAAUUUAAGUAUGCAAAAGCCUAGAUAAAUUGUUCAGGAUAGCUGGCGCGCAUUGUGCAGUGGUUGGGUAUAUGUAAUGUUUAACAAGCAUUUAAGAAAUUUUCUAAAGCCAGAUUAUUCAUUCUUUUUUCUUUUUUAAAGAUGCACGUGUGUUUACUGUGUCUAAUACUCGCUCUCUAAUGUCUACAUCUGUAGGGGCCUGCUAUUAAAUAAACUAAUCUUUGUCAUACAAAGCUUGACAAUACUAGAGUGUAGAUUGUGAAAAUGUUCUGUGAGGUUGUGCUAUAUCAGGCACACAUAUUUAAGGGGAAAUUCCCCCCAUGUUAUUUUUUUUAUGUUUUUUUUAAAUAUGUCCUCGCACUGACAUAAGCACAGUGUAUAAUUUUUAAGGAACCCUAAAUCAGUAGCUGACAUUGCAUUGCUGACUAAUGUGUGCUAGGCUUGAGUAUGCCUGACACGCUUUAUAUCAGUAGUUUCAAUCUGAAGGCAUUCAUUAGCUGCUAAUUUGUACUAGUUAGUACUUAUGUGCAGUGAAAGUGUUGUGGAAUUGCAUGUCCAUUGAUACCGUUAGUUCUGUGGCUUUGAAUAUACGUACGUUACAUGUGAAAUGCUUUUUUGCUUAGUCAGCUACUGCAGUAUGCAUCUUUUGAACGUUGCCGCCUUAUUUGGCAUGCAUGUACAUUUGUGCUGCAUGUGUACAUGAGCAUAUGUAGGUUAAGAAAUGAAAGAUUGACGCCAUUUCAAAUGAGAAUAAAGAGGCUUUUAUUCUGUC